AUGGUAGGUAAUUGUGGUGAUGUUUCCGCUUACCCUCAAGUUAAUUUUCUUAGGAACAAUAAUACGCAAAAGCCCCAGAAGUUUGUAGCCGCCACCGCUGCUUCAGCUCCAAGUAACGCUAGCCAUCAUGAUGAAAUCCGUUCCGUAAUAAAAACUGCUAACUCCUUGGAAAAACCUCAUAGGACUGUUGUGACGGGACCUAGUAAACUACGAUCUGAUCGGCUAGGAAUGUUUGAAAAGAAAGAUGAAGUUCUCCCUAGCCCAGCAGUGAAACCAGUUCAAAUUCAUAGCCAUAAUGCAAAGAAAAUGGAUUCAUUCCAACCAUUAGCUUCUCCAGUGCUUUCAUCAGGAACUGUGUCUCCAUCGCAUGACAGCGUGAGUUCAAGUGGUGGCCUCUCAUCGUUUUAUUCACCCAACGAUUCUGGCUAUGAAGCUGGUGCAAGUGAGUCCCCCAAACCACACGAUAAUCACGCUCCUUACGAACCACAAACUUCCAUCCCUAGUGAACCACAGACUACUAUUUCGACAAAUAAAUUCGAAUCUCCAGCUAGUCGUGACGCGGUACCAGAAGAACCUAAAGUUCCUUAUGGAGCCAAAAAUUCUAGUAAGUUUGCUCAAUUUUCUUGGUUUAUAUCCAUUGAUCUGAGAUUAAGAUAAGC